GAACUAAUUUCAGUUGAGUAGCGCACGCUGAAGAGGCCAAUUGUCCGUCUGUGAGGCAAAAUAAACUUCAAUUUUGAGAAAUCAAAUCAAAAACAAUCAAACAGAUUCACCGGACAUCACCGCAAACACACCGCCCAGCCAAUAUGAGUGAUAAAUUGAUUGAUGAGGAUCUGACCCCCGAGCAAAUCGCCGUGUUGCAGAAGGCCUUCAACAGUUUCGAUCACCAAAAAUGCGGCAGCAUCUCAACUGAAAUGGUCGCUGAUAUCCUGCGCCUUAUGGGUCAGCCCUUCGACAAGAAGAUCUUGGAGGAGCUCAUCGAUGAAGUCGAUGAAGACAAGUCUGGUCGCUUGGAAUUCGAAGAAUUCGUGCAACUUGCCGCCAAAUUCAUCGUAGAGGAGGAUGAUGAAGCCAUGCAAAAGGAGUUGCGUGAAGCCUUCCGUCUGUACGACAAACAAGGCAAUGGUUAUAUUCCCACCUCUUGCUUGCGCGAAAUCUUGCGCGAAUUGGACGAUCAGCUGACCAAUGAGGAGUUGGACAUCAUGAUUGAGGAAAUCGAUUCUGAUGGCUCCGGCACCGUCGAUUUCGAUGAAUUCAUGGAAAUGAUGACUGGCGAAUAAAUAUUUAUUCUAAUAUUUAAAUACUAGAGUUUUUCACCUAAAUCUUGUAUAUAUACACCCAAAAUACAAUAUUUGUUAAAUACCUAAUACACAUGUAAAUACCUGAACAUCGAAUGGCGGAAUAUCAACACCGCGUUGGCAACCUUGCCUGAAAACAUAUAUGUAUAUACGCAUAUACACACAAUCACCAUA